AUGGGCAAGCACGAGACUGCUGCUUGGAUCGAAAAAGAAGCACAAGCACAACGGAGUUUAGCUUCCUAUGCUGCCGACAGAGCACGUCGAAACAAGGAUGCCAGGCAGGUGUUUCUGCUAUCCAUAAUAUAUCGAGAUACGGCUGCCUCCUCCACGGGCAAAGCUGGGGAAGAGGAAGGGGAGGAAGAUGAGGGAGAGGAAGAGAAAGAUGAAGAGGAAGCUGAGGGCGCCGAGGAAGAGGAAGGUGAAGAGGAAGCCGAAGCAUGCAUGAGCGAAGGUGAUGAUAAGGGCACCUUUAAGGCUCAGAAGAGGACGAGGGCAGCCCUUCGCAAGGGUUGCGAGGAUAUGUCAGAGCCCAGGAGCCCUGAGUCGUUGCCCGAAAAAAAGAAGGGCAAGGGAAGGGGUCGGGGAGGGCGGGGCAAAGCCAAGAUGAAGAGGCCUGCUGCAGCUCAUGCUCCAGAGCCGCCUGCCAAAAAGAGCAAGACCGGCAAAGGUAAAGAAAAGGAGGCGGAAAAUGAGGAGGAAGCAGGGCAGGAGGAUGAAAGCACCAUGGAGGGGCAGAGCACAAGCAAAGCCAGUAAGAACAAGAAGAAGGGCAAGCAGCCGGGCCGCAAUAAAGAAGAGCCACAGGAAGAGGAACAAGAGAACCCAGAGCAAGAGGAGCAAGAGGAAGAGGAACAUGAAAACCCUGAGGAAGAGGAUCAAGAGGAGCAACAGGAAGAGGAACAGGAAAACCCAGAAGAAGAGGAGGAGCAAGCAGAGGAGGAUGUCGGGACACGCCCAAAGCUAGAGCCGCAGGUCGAGCGAGCCUUGAAAGAGAUGAGGGCCAUUGCCGCCAAGGAUAAAAGGUUCCUGAUUGCUGAGCAAGAGAUUUUGAAUGGAUCCCGGUCUUGGACCCUGGCGAAUGAUGCAUCCAAAUGCAAGAUUGGUGUUCGGUUUCAGUUCGGCUCGGGCAACUUCUACAUUACUGGCCUACGCAAAGAGAUCCUCGACAAGGUGAACGAGCAGAAUCUGUGCGAUCAUAAGUUUGAGAUCAACCGCAAAAAUACCCUCACAGUGGGUUGGUCGAAGUUUCCCAACAUGCAGAAAGCGUGGGAGUUCUCUGUACGAGUCGCCGAAUGGUGA